AUGGCAGACAUGGACGACGACACAAAGGUCACAAUCCCUUUCCCCGCGUCUACAAAGCAGGCGGCAAAAGAGGUAAACGGUGUAAAAACCGAUGUCAUGUACAUCUCGUUCGCCGACAAAAUCAUGAUCACAAUAACUCAGAACGGAAAACUCGGUCAAUGGAUCACUGUGCCACUUUUGAGCGACAACCCUACACACUCGGACCCUUACUUCCAGACGGGGCGCUCUGGAGAGGAUGCCUUGCUACCGUCAACUCGCUUUUCGCCGCGAACACUGCUGGGUGCUGGUGGUACUGAGCGUGAAGCCAUGGGCCACCUGUACGCUUCACAAAUUGCUGAUGCAAUCAUCACCAAGACGCCUGACGAACGCCGUAGCCUCAUGCUUGGACUAGGGCUCGCCAAAGUCGAGCUCGAGCGAGAUGUCUUUUCUCAGAUUAUUGACCUUGUUCUAUCAGUUCUCUGA